AUGAAACUUGAUACAAUUUUCAAAAUAUUAUUAUUAAUUACAAUAAUAUUUACAACUCAUCAAAUAUGGCCAUUAUAUGGAUUAACAAACCAAAUACGUAAUGGGACAAUUUUAUUUUGUAUUAAAAAUGAGUUUUAUAAAUUAUAUACAUUAUUUUCUUUAUAUAAUUUAAAAGAAGACAUUGAAAUAUUUUCUACAAAUACAAAUGUAUCACCAAAACCCCGCUAUUUUGUUUUUUUUCUGUUAAGUGGCUGUGUAACAUAUAUAGCCAAAUUGAUACUAAACAAAAUUUCUACACAAAUAGGAGAGCGUCUUAUUCCGAAGCGAAAAUGGAGUCCUUAUAUUCGAGGAAUUAAACUCGGACGAUUUAACGUCAUGUUUUUUAACUUGAUAUAUUUUUCUCUCAUUAGUAUAUUUGGAUUUAUUUCUUUGAAAAGCCAAACAUACUUUCCAGCAGAAAUGGGAGGACAAGGAGAAACUAGUGCCUAUUUUAUAGGAUACCCAAAUCAAAAAACAUCAAACUUAAUUCAUAUAUACUAUUUUUUGAAUGGUGGAUAUUUAUUAACAUCUGUGUUUUCAUUAUUAAAAUCGGAGAAGUUACCAGAUUUUUAUGAAAACUUUUUACAACACUUUUGUGCAAUGAUAUUAGUUUAUUUCUCAUAUAGCCAUAAUUUCAUAAAAGUUGGAGCUAUAAUUAUGUUAUGCCAUGAUAUAUGUGAAGUAUUCUCUUCAGCGUGCCGAGUGUUUGUUGAUACAAGAUACAAAUUUAUAACCGUCUCAUCAUUUUGCAUUUUAUUUUUGAGUUGGGGAUAUUUGCGAUUAUACAUAUUUGCAAAAAAUUGUAUUUUGCCAAUUCAUAAAAAUUAUAAUAUGUUUAGCUCACUAAUUCGUGUUGAAACAUUCAUAUGGCUAAUUUUUUUAUUACUUGUUAUUUUAUUAAUGAAUGUUUAUUGGUUUGUAUUGAUGGGGAAAAUGUUUAUACACUUUCUCACUAGCGGAAAAACAGAAGACAUUCUAACAAGAGUUACCGAAAUUGAGGAAAAGGAAAGAAACAUUGAAAUGAAAAAUAAAUAA